CUCAUUCCCGCUCUCCAUUUCCUCAUGAUUUCCCAACUCAUCGCUGGGCUAGCUGCCCUCACUGUACUGCCCGUCAUAGCAACCCCGCAUGGGCUGGCCCGUCGAGCAGCGAUUGAUCACGAUAAGGUGGUCGGGUUUCCCGAAACGGUUCCAUCGGGUACAGUUGGCGAUGUUUACUUGGCCUAUCAGCCACGUCUACACGUCGUCAACGGAUGCGUUCCUUUCCCGGCCGUAGACGCAGACGGCAACACUGGCGCCGGUCUCAAGCCAACUGGCAAGCAAAGUGGUGAUUGCAGUGAAAGCACCGGGCAAAUAUACGUGAGAGGCGCUCCUUCAGGUGACUACUAUGCCCUGAUGUAUUCAUGGUAUUGGCCAAAGGAUGAGAGUUCGGAUGGACUUGGCCAUCGUCACGAUUGGGAGGGAGUUAUUAUCUGGCUCGCAGACUCCACAAGUACCGACGCAUCGAACAUCGUCGCCGUUUGUCCGUCCGCGCAUGGCAAUUGGAAAUGUAGUACAGAUGACUAUACGCUCGAUGGAACGGCGCCUUUGAUCAAGUACCAGUCUAGCUGGCCUUUCAAUCAUGCUCUUGGUCUCACCAAAACCGUCGGUGGCACUCAGCCGUUGAUUGCGUGGGAGUCGAUGUCAUCUGUCGUGCAAAAUGCCCUGGAAACGACCGAUUUCGGAUCAGGCCAUGUUCCCUUCAAGGAGGAUAGCUUUGCUUCCAACCUAGGAGAGGCCACUUUCUGA